AUGGCUGACCAAAAGCUGGAGAAAGGCAGCGGCCAGCAGGAGGUUAACGAGGUGUCGGAGGGCCAAAUGAGUACGUUCACGGCAGCAGAAGAGCGAAGACUCCUACAGAAAAUAGACUGCGUUAUUUUGCCGAUGAUAUGUUUUGUCUUUUUCUUCCAGUGUAGGGAAUGCCAUUUCGAAUCUUCCCCCCUCUACUCUGGCUCUUCGAAUGAAUAUCUGCUUAUUCCUCGCCGUCCUUUAGAUCUGGACAAACAGAGUUUGAGCUAUGCUUCGGUAUUCGGGCUGAUAGAAGACCUCCAUCUAACUCAAAGCGAGUACUCGUGGUGCUCGUCCAUCUUCUACUUCGGUUUGCAUUUUCUCUCCACAGACUUUGGUAUAUUAUCCCCAACUCAUAUUGUGUAUCUGUACACAGGACAGCUGGUUUCUGAGUACCCUUUUAUGUACUUGAUGAGCAGGCUCCCACUGGCAAAGUUCGUCGGAGCUACCAUUAUCCUUUGGGGAGGAGUCUGCAUGUGUCUGGCAGCCCCAAAAAACUUUGCUGGCUUUGCUGCUGUUCGAUUCCUUCUCGGUUUCACUGAAGGUGCCGUGUCUCCUGCAUUUGUGACUAUCACCAGCAUCUGGUAUAGGAAAAAGGAACAUCCUCUGCGUGUCGGCGCAUGGGUUACAAUGAACGGCCUAGCUCAAGUUGUUGGCAGUCUCCUGAUGUAUGGGGUUGGCAAGAACUCGUCUCUGGCAUUGGCACCAUGGCGUGUGCUUUUCUUGAUUACCGGGGCUCUGACUUCAGCUUGUGGGAUUGCCUUUUAUAUUUUUAUGCCUUCCGGUCCUGAUGAUGCAUGGUUCCUCGGUGAAAGAGACAAACAGGUUCUUAUUGAGAGAAUGGCUCUGGACAGAGAGGGCGGCGAUAAAACCAGUUUCUCCUUUCCACAGUUGAUGGAGGCUCUUCUGGAUGUAAGGGCGUGGUUUGUUUUUACCUUUGGUAUUCUUACUACCAUGAAUUCUCCGGUUCUGACGUUCGCCUCGCUCAUCAUUAAGAACCUCCACUACGACAAAUUCCAAACCAUGCUCUUCACGGCUCCCUCGGGGGCAGUACAAAUCGGCUUUAUUUGGAUAGGUAUAGUGGGAUGCUUCUUGCUGCCGAAGAACAGAUCCCUUGUAAUCUUGCUUUUGUGUAUCCCGCCUCUCGUUGGGAACUGUCUGCUUCUCAAACUCCCUUUAUCUGCCGGAUGGGGAAUGAUCGUGGCCUCAUGGCUGGCAUCCUGUAUUUCAGACAUCAUGGCCAUUUUGCUCAGUCUUUUCGCCUCCAAUGUAAAAGGGAAUACAAAACGAGCCAUUGUGAACACGUUCUAUUUCAUCGGAUACUGUGUGGGUUGCAUUGGAGGACCACAGCUAUGGAAGUCUAAUACAGCUCCUCGCUUCUUCCAAGGUGUCGAGACGGCUAUUAUCACCUGGUGUCUUCUUAUUCUGGCCGUAUGUCUCUACUGGCUUCUGUGUGCGUUUGAGAAUAAGCGAAGGGACAAAUUGGAGGUGACUGGAUCGGUGCGAGUGUAUGAAAAGGGCCAAGAUGUCACGGACAAGGAAGACUUGCUUUUCAGAUACAGUUGUUAGCAGGCAGGCACUUGUGCUUACAGAUGCAUUGCAACUCCAAGGCAUUAUGAGAACUUUUGGUUCCUGGUCAGCACAUACACUACAACGGACACUGCAUGAUAAACGGACCUGUACAUAAUGGAACAGAAGUAGCUGUAGGGUUGUUA